AAAAGGAGCUACUUUAAUAUCAGUUGUCUUUACCAUUUUGUUGAACUUACACGAAAUGGCGAUUUUAACUUUAAUAAUUUGUGCGUUAAUACCAUCAAUAUUAGCUCAGUGCACUAUCGAGAAAGCUGGACCAUUUUUAUCAAGGUCUGUAUUUGAGUUUUCUACAGAAUUAAUAAAGAGAAUCGCUCAAGAAACUGAAAACCAUUUCGUCGCAUCAACUCUUUCGCCAUGGACAUUACUGGCUUAUACAUCACUAGGAGCUUCGGAUAACUCCUACGAGGAAUUAGUUAAAAUACUAAGAUUGCAUCGUCACAAAUGUUUCAUGAAUAAAUUCUUUGAUGUAACAAAAGAGAUAUAUACACCAACAGCGGAAACAAGUCUGGAAGGUGCAUCCGCCAUAUUUGUCGACGAAAAUAUUCAGGUAAAUGAUCAAUUUCAAAAACAAGUAAGAAGAGCUGGCCUCGGUGAUAUCAAACAAGUCGCCAUAGACAAUUACGAAUAUGUUGCUGCGACCAUAAACAAUUAUGUUAAAACAGCUACAAACGGUGCUAUAGAUGAAUUAGUUGUAGCCAGUGAUUUGGAGAAUGUUGUUAUGAUGAUUGUCGACGCUCUUCGAUUUAAAGGUACAUGGGAAAUACCUUUUCCAGUAAACGAAACGCAACAGAUGCCUUUCUACGAUGAAAUGUCUAACGAGAUAGGUAAAGUAAACCUCAUGACUAUAACGGACAAUUACAAUACUAGAUUUAACAGUGAAAUCAAUGCGACCGUUGUUGAAUUGCCCUACAGUGAUCGUAGAUUUUCAAUGUUGGUAUUCGUUCCGUACUUCGAAGAGAAAUUAAACAAUGUUAUAGAUUCAUUAAAGAAGAUUACCGUGAAAUCUUUGUUCAAAGAUUUCGAAGAUAAAGGUCCUAUUGAAGUAAAUGUUAGAAUGCCACGCUUCAAGAUAUCAUCAGAUCAUAAUAAUUUAAAAGAACUCUUAAUAGAUAUGGGAUUAAGGUCUAUAUUUGAUCCGAGUCAAGCCUCGUUCCCUAAAAUAGCUGAUUAUCCUCUGUAUAUAUCUAAUCUUAUUCAAAAAGCUGAUAUAGAAGUUACAGAAGAAGGUACAAUAGCUAGUGCUGCGACUCAAGCACAGUUCUCAUUUAAAAGUUUCCCAACAAAUGUGGACGCGAACAAACCAUUCUUCUUUAUGAUUGUGGACAAAAAAACAUUUAUACCAGUUUUCGCUGGUGCUUACUCCAAGCCAAGUGUAUACUGAUUACCAUUUAAUACGAAAAAAUAUAUGCUUUUGUUAUAUUUUAAAACAUAGGUAAAACAGUUUGUUAUAUAAACAGAAAUAUAUAUUUUAA